AAUGUUUUCUGUAGUCGGAUUUAUUUCAGUGUUACAUUUUCUACUGAUGAGGACUGGGUGAUGUCUAUGAUUGCAGCAAUUCCUGUUGACUAUCAACAAAGUUUAAUUGAAUUCUCGACAUCUUUGUAUCAAGGAUUAGAUAAGCAAGAGAGUGUAUGUUUGUCACCAUAUAGUAUCACGGCGGCGUUUCUAUUGUUGAUGAUUGGAGCAAGCGGACGAUCUAAGCAACAGAUAUCCAAUGCUGUAUUCAAAAAUGACAUAUUUUCAGAGGAGGAAAAGUUGAAAUAUUAUAAGUCACUAAAUAGCUAUAUUAUUCAAAAUGCUGGAGUCAAUGUUAGUUUGGCUAGUGCAAAUAGAUUGUUCGUUAACAACAAAUUCACAGUAUUGCAAAAUGUCCGAAAAAAGGCAAAACUAUAUUUUGGAGCCGAUAUAAGUUUAAAGGACUUUUCAAGACCCAAGGCUUCUGCAUUCGUGAUGAAUAGAUGGGUGUCAAAACAGACAAACGCCAAAAUAAAUGAUCUAAUUAAUGAGGACUGGUUAGAACCACAGACUGUUAUGUUUAUAAUAAAUGCAAUAUACUUUAAAGCCACAUGGCAGAAACAAUUUCCUCAAAGUUCCACAAGGAAACAGAUUUUCUUUCUCCCUAAUAACAAGAAGAUUGAAGUUGAAAUGAUGAACACAAAACUAAUUAUUCCAUAUUUCCGAGGUUCGGACUUUUCUGCUAUAGCUUUACCAUUCGAAGGUGGAAACUUUGAUAUGGUCUUUGUUUUACCGCAUGAAAUUGAGGGGCUGCCGAAAAUAGAAACGACGCUAACACCAGAACUCUUUAAAGAUAUUUCCGCUGGAUUUAAUUUAAGACAAGUAAAUGUUGCCAUUCCAAAAUUUAAGUUAGAGUCCGAGUUUGAUCUAACAAAAGAAUUACCAAAACUUGGAGUUAAGGAUAUUUUUAACGAUUUGAAAGCUAACUUUUCAAAUCUUAUUACCGAGAUUAGAGAAGGUUUAUACGUCAAGAUUGCUGUUCAUAAAUGUGUCUUCAAUGUCAACGAAGCAGGCGUAGAGGGAGCGGCUGGUACAGCUUUUGGAAUUUCUGCUAGAAGUAGUGCAACACAAUUCACUGGAGAUAGACCGUUUUUAUUUAAUGUAAGGGAUAUAAAGUCUGGUCUAAUUUUGUUUAUUGGCCGAUUUCAUCCAAAAUUCAAGGUUUGAUGAUUAUUACAACAAAGCAUUUUAAAAUAAAAUUAAAAAAUUAUUUCAAAACAUAGUUUAAGCCAAGUAUCUUUGAUGCGUUUUUUAACACUAUCAAUA